UUCCGAACAACAACUGUAAAAGACGCGCAGUUACACCAAGUCUCUAGCACAAAUGGCGAUGAACAACCCACAGCUUUGUAAUGGCUCGCUACACGGUUAGCUAAAGCCCAUCGCCAGAACAGCUACUUGUUGAUUAACGGUAUCUAUGUUGGAAGAAGGUCGUCACAGCUGGACUCGUUCCCGUUACAAUGGCCGUUUCAGUUGAAGAGGUUUCUUCGUCCCUUGUACGGGAAUAUCUGAGUCGAAAGGGUCUCAAGAGGACAAUUGCCUGUAUGGAUGAGGAGCAUCCGCGCACAGAGGCCAGUAUCAACAACAGAUCACACUUGAUGCAGAUUCUCAACAUUGAGGGACUCUAUAGAAAGAAUAAGAUGCAGUACUCCCCCCUGAAAACAUUACUGGAGAUUAUUGUAAAGCAUCACAUCAAGGACCUUGAUAAUGGCCAGAUCACCAGCAGUGAAAGUGAUUCCCUGCAGUCUAUCGGCUCGAGUGUUAAUUCUCCUGCAGCCCCGCCAACAGUGAUGAACGACACAGAGGCAGAGGAUAGCGCAACAGCUUUUCUUAGUAGCAAAAAAAUCAAAUCAAGGUCUGAUGUAGAAGAAAUCUGGCCAUCUCAGCAUAUACACACGUCAUUGCCUGAGACCGACAGACUAUCCAGUCAGAAUCAGUCUGGUUUCUGGGCUUAUGACUCAGAAGAGCAAAAAGGCCAGCCACUCGUGGCUUCUCUCCAGGACAAUGAGGGCUGCGUCAGAAGAGAACCAGAAAAAAAGACUGAAAGCACCCAAAGGAGCAGAAGUAAUCGAAUUAGACGUGGCAUGAUGGCUGGACCGAUAGCUAGUACGCCUCAGGAAUCAAACAAGAAAAGGCACAAUCGAAGGCAAGAAGCGCUUCAGCCACUGCUCAGAAAAGAAGAUGAAAAAAGACAGUUAACGGAUGGACUUUUAGUAACUGGCUUACAUCAAAAAAGCUUAAAAAGCAGCCUAACUGAAAUCAGCUCAGCUAAGUGUAGCGUAGGAGGGCAACAGGCAUUGCGGAGUGCACCAGAGAGAAUGCAGAGGGAAAACACCUUUGAAAAAGUGGGACACGACGUACUGAAGACUAAAAAAGUAAAGUCUUUGCCCAGGUCAAAUGUGGGUGAUUUGGAUGUGUCUGAGAUGGUUUUAGAUGACAUUGAUGAUGAUGACGAUUUCCGAGAACUCUCGAAAGCUUCCUUUCAGAGAACCAUCGCAGAGCACAGCUAUGCUGGCCGCCCGAUGGACCAACACACUGCUGUGGAAUUGAAAAUGAUUCUUCUUGGUUCCAGCCUAAAUUGUUUUAGUGUUGAGUGGAGGAAUCAGAGUUUCACAUUCUCAGAAACGCAUGACCUGAGAUACGGAAUUGUGCAGAAAAAGGGUGGUCCUUGUGGCGUUCUGGCAUCCAUCCAAUCCUUUGUUCUAAAGAAACUUCUGUUUGAAAACAUCCAAAGCAGUGAUACAGGCCUUCAGAGGUUAAGACCUUCCAACACUGCCAGAAGAAAGUGUCUUGUUUUAGCUGCGUCUGAAAUCCUGUGGCGGGCUGGUGAGGAAAAACAAGCCACAGUUGCAAUAAAUUCAGGGAGAAAUCAUUUCACCCCAACUGGACACUACAAAUCUGAAGGAGUGCUUGAAAAGAUAACAUGUUUUACAGUGGAUAACAUCAAGGACCUGCAGUUGAUUCUGGAGCAGCAUAUUGAGCAGUUUGAGACUGAGGAGUUAGGAUGCAUGCUGUUGACCAUAUCUGCUGUUCUCUCUCGAUCCGUUGAAAAAGUAAGGGAGGAUAUGGAUGUGCCCACCAACACGCUCAUCGGAGCCCAUGGCUACUGCACUCAGGAACUGGUCAACCUGUUGCUCUGCGGCAGAGCAGUUUCUAAUGUCUUUGACAAUGACAUGGAGUUGGACUCAGGCAAUGGCAACCUGACUCUUCUCAAGGGAAUUAAGGGCCACUGUGACAUUGGCCUGCUGUCCUUGUUUGAACAUUAUAACAUCUGUAAGGUAGGAGCUUACUUGAAGACUCCCCGUUAUCCCAUCUGGGUGGUGUGUAGUGAAAGCCACUUCAGCGUGCUGUUUGGCCUGCAGAGGGAGCUGUUGACCAAUCAGGACAGCUGUCUGGAGUUUGACCUCUACUAUUAUGACGGACUGGCCAAUCAACAGGAGGAGAUCUGCCUCACUGUCUCUGUUGGCAAAUCGGCCCUGAGCUGUCAAGAUAUUGACACCGAUCUCAUACCCCCAUUGGAGCACUGUAUCCGAACAAGGUGGAAAGAUGCAUUAGUCAAUUGGAAUGAAACAGAGCCUAUUCUUUGACUGACAUUUUGGAUCGUCCAAGACAGAUACGUUUUCUUCAUAUUUAUCCAGAUAAUUUAGCGUUACCAUUGUUUUCUCUUCAUAGUGAGAGUGCUGUUCUUCAAUCUGUUUAAAUGACAUGAUGGCCUGGAUGUUAUUUAUCACACAAUGUAUGUGCAGAUAGAGCUGGCAUAUGGCAUAUCAUGUUAGCCAUAAAGUUCCCUACAAAAUUAUAUUUGAGAGAAUGCAAUAACAUUUUGAAAGGUUUAGCUAUAAGCAUAAGGUUACUUUUUCCAAAAAUGUUUGGAGGAAAACUCUAUAAAUACUUUUGGCACCAUAGUGGCCUUUUACUUUUUACCUGUACUUUUCACAUAAAGAUAUAACCGAUUAUCCAAAGAAUCUUCAACCAUGUCCAGUUGCCCUUGACUUUAACCUUCUUUAGAUAACUAUGACCUGGAUGACUGAGAAUCUUCACAGACAUCGAUAUAACCGAUUGUCAUCCAUAUUUUACACUUAUGUAUUAUGAUUUCCCUGCUCACUAGAAAUGAACAUGUGAUAUUGAAGAAAUCUUGAAAAAUGACUAAUGUGUUAAUUUCACACCACGAUUUAACUGAUUUUGGUCCAUUUAACUUAUUGUAUAAUCUAGAUAACCAGUUUGGUUUUCAAAUGGCCAAAAUCAAAUUGCCUUAUUACAUGUGCACUCUAUAAGUGAGAUAAUAUGAUAGGUUGUACUGUAUUUGUUUUCAUUGCCUCAGUAAUAAUUCUGAUGUGUUGUUAUGAGAUUAGAUUAAAUAAAUACAGAUGUGUGUGUGUGUGUGUGUGUGUGUGUGUGUGUAUGUCUGUCUGUCAAAGAGUACAUAUUAUACUAAACUGCCUUGAUAAAAGUUCACUUUUGACAGACCUCUCCUCUGGAACAGAAAAUAAAACCAUUCAAUACCUCAACUGUC